AUGCAUUUCGACCCUUCGAAAGACGUCCCAAGCCUCGACGGCAAGGUGAUACUGAUAACGGGCGGCAACGCAGGCAUCGGUGCAGCAGCGGUCCAUGGGCUCGCCGGGCACAACCCAGCUCGCAUCUUCCUUUGCUCACGCAAUGUCUCUAAUGCCCGACCUGUAGUUGAUGCUGCAGUCAAGGCACACCCGAAAGCACAGAUCGAUAUCCUCCAGCUGGACCUUGCCUCCGUGGAAAGCGUGCGGCAGUGCGCAGAAGCGGUCAAUGAAAAGACCGAUCGCCUAGAUCUCCUACUCUUGAAUGCAGGCAUCGCGGGUGUUGCAUCGAACAAAUCCAAGGAAGGCUAUGAGAUCCAUAUUGGUGUCAACCAUCUUGGCCACGCUCUUCUGACUCAGCUUUUGCUGCCGAAGCUUCUCCAUACCACAACGCUAGGAGACUCCGAUGUCCGCGUUGUUGUUACCACAUCUCUCAUGGCACACAGAUCUGCCCCGUCGAAGGGCAUCGUGCUCUCAGAAGCCUUCAACGCUGACGCCUUCGACUCUGCUUCGCAGCGCUACGGCCACUCUAAGCUUGCCAACAUACUCUUCGCUCGCAAGCUGGCUCAACUCUAUCCGAGCAUCACCGCCGUCUCGCAACACCCUGGGAUCGUGCAGACAGAUGGCUAUGCCAAAGCAGACGGCGUCAAGGUACCGCACUUUGUCAUCGCGCCGUUCCUGUGGUUGAGCGGCGUCAAGCCCGAGAAGGGCGCCCACAAUACGCUUUGGUGCGCGAGCGGCGAAAGUGCAGAAGGGCGUGCUAGAGAGUGGGGAAUAUUAUGA